UAACAAAUUUUCGACUUCUUUAUCAAAUUUAUCUUCCAAUUGCCAACUAAUUGUUCAUAAAAAUAAAUACUAACCACAGUUAUACUUUCCUUAGAGAAGAUUUGAUGCAUGCAAUCAAGCAAGAAGUAUGAAAAAUAUGUAACUAAUUUCAUACUUGUAGCCCUUAAGAUUAUUAAGUGUUUCUGAAGCAGUAAGAAUUUUGCUGAAAUCAUCCUUCGAUUGGAAUUAAUCGAUCUUUCAAAAGUCCUACUCUACCAUGAAAUCCGAAAUCAUAUUAAUCUGAGAAAUGUAUUAAGAAGAAAUGGAAAAUGCCUAAGAAAUUCUCAAAAUUUACUAGCAAUACGUUCUUAAUAUUUUUUUAUAACCUUCUUGACGUCACCUACCACUAUUAACAGCCCUAAUACACAUUUUUUUGCCCACAAUACAAUUACCUAGUAACCGAUCAAGUUGCACUCUUAUCAAAGGAAGCUUCAAACAUUUUUUUGAACCAUACUAAUUUGCAAAAAUAGAUCUUAGAGCUCCUCAACGUGAAACUUAAACAUAAAUCCGUCCAGAUUUCUUGCUCUUAGAAUUGUACUACAUACUUACCUACAUAUAUGUACAUAUAUAGCAUAUACUAUACUAAACCACUUCCCAAUUGGUAAAACCGCAGCAUAGCAUUGUUUUUAUGCGCCAUGCGUGUGUACAGACCUUCAGAAUGCUCGCCACUCACUGAUCACUGCGUAUGAGUCAUCGACAUCUUUGCCGGUUUGCUAUCAACCAACAACGGCCCGAACAAGCUGUUUAACAGCCAACCAAUUAACCACUUACACAUUUCUCUACUAACCAGUUGCCGCGUGCAGGUAACAGAAUACAAAAACAACAACAAACUUACAGAAAAAACUGAAAAGAAAAAACACUUACAUUUGUAAGUGUGCAAGUUGACUUCAUAACAGGCCGCACAACAACACAUUUUACUUCUUUUAAUAAUUAUUUGUUGGCUGUUAAGGUGCGAGUAAACAGAUCGUAAAAGCUGUUUUCGUUGCCAUUUUAGAAAAGUUGCAAAAUAAUAUUGCCAUAAAACAGAUAAAGUAAAAUAAAUAGAGAAAUCAAAUAAAAGUAUACAGAAAAGUACAUGAGAAACCAACAACACACAACGGAAAUACACUUAAGUGAGAAAAAAGCAUAGUAAAAGCGAAUAAAACGCGAACAUAAAUAAACUCGUGCUGCCGACAUGCCUUUCGGUAGUAGUGCCAGUGCGCUGGCAUUGCGCUUUGCCUCACUGCUGCUGCCGACUUCGUUGGCCGUCGCCAAGGCAGCUUCGGGUGGCAAAACGGCUGCCAGCAAGGAUUGCCAUGGCAAGAUUUGUAGACCAGUUGAAGAGUACUGCUCGAACUUCCUCGAAGGCUGUGAUCAAUGUGAAUACAUCUGUAAUCCGGAAUCGCAAAAUUUCCAUGCGGACAGCUGUGCAAGGGAAUGUGCCGAUUACAAAAUAUACGAUCCGCUCAAAGCCGAAAUACACAGCAUACACGAACAACAAAAUACCAUACUGAUCCUGCUGAUCGUGCUGCUCACGCUCAUCGCCGCACGCUACAUCUACAAGUGUAUAUGCUGGCUGCGACGCAAACGUUUCUGUGCGCUGCUGCUAAAGAAGCUGCAUAAACACCAUGAAGCAGCCGGCGCUGGAGUGAACAGCAAAGACAUGGUCAUCGGUGCUACAAUACCGAAUGUGAUGGCCAUAAAUGGCGCUAUGGAGCGGGCGCCAUCGCAGAUCUACAGCGUGACAGGUGCCGAAGGUUCGGUUAUGACAUUGACUACACCAGUGAGUACGCGCUAUCCGGCGGAGAACAGCACUCCGUCAACAACUGUGACGGGUGAAUACUCAUAUGAUAAUCAGGCGCUCGCCGUGACGCCUGUUUCGGAGAAACCAAAUGGCAGUGUACGUGCGUUUUGAUCCUAUCUAACAUACGUGGGAGUUGUGGCUGUUGUCGAAAUUGUUUUAAGGCAAAGUAAUUCAUAUUUAAUAUUCAAAACCUUAGUGCAAACAUUUUUUGUUAAUGCUGAGACUUCUAGCGAUGCACAAAUUUGAUCUUCAUCGAUCGAACAGUGGUCACAGUUUCGGUAUUGUAAUAGCAAUACUAAAUUUUUUUUUUUUUGCAUAUUUGAAGUAAUUAUUGAAAAAGUAUCUAUAUUUGAAAAUCGCAAUAGUGAACGGUAGUGAUGGCACCUUGCCGUAAACAGUAAUCGCACAAAUGCUCAGCGUGUAACUGAUCGUGAGCAUGAUGAUAAUGCGAAAACCCGUUGAAAAUCUAUGACUAUAAUAAUCGCUGAAAUUUCCCUAAAUAUAAUAGAAGCUGCGGUUCAGCUAAGCAAUUUCAUAGCGUAUAUUUAAAUAAUUAAAAUUUUCAAUAUUUUUUUCUAUUGCAAAUUCAGUGAGAAUCAUCAAUGACUCAUAUUUUGGCGUGUUGACGUUAAUCACAUACUCAUGUACUUAAAGUUAGUAAUUUAUUUAGUUUUAAAAGAAUGAAGAAAAAGAGAGAAGACAUCAGUUGAACUAGCAACGUAAACAUCAUUGAGAAAGUAUUAAACAGCUGGGUAAGUACUUAAGUAUGAUUUUACAAAUUAAAUUAUCGAUGUAAAUCCCAAAAAGUACUGACUAAUAACGAUUUUUUGUAUUGGUUCGAGAUAUUGAUUUGAUUUAAUCAAGCACUGUAAAACAUCACGUCCAUUUUGUAAGUGAUAUUUAUUCUUUAAAAGUAGCGAGUAAGUUUUGCUUCCAUUUUAAAUACUAUGUACUUACGGAUAAGCAAUAUAUUAGAUAUAACAGAUAUUUUAAUAAAAUUAUACUCUUUGAUUAUGA